CAGGCGACCAAUCGCGCUACACUGCUCAAUGCCGUGGUCAUGUCCCUUCUGUCGGUUCUGGGCAUUUGGCUGAUAGACCAUCUCGCAGAUUGGCUUCAUGGUCGACCCUGUUGCGCGCGCGGGGAGUGGGAGGUGCAGUUGUCCAAUGUCCACUUAGACUCAAACGUCCGCCGCAUCUUGGAGACGGGAUCAUCCACGAGCGACGUUGUCUCGCAACCUGCUCUCUCUCUCUCUCUCUUUUAACUCGCUUCUUUUCGGGCCAAGAUGGACCUCUGAAACUUCACAACUCAAAAAAACUUAAAUGUACAAAGAAAGAAAGAAAGAAAGUACAAAGCCAUGGCAUCUUGAAUACCCGUGAUCUUCUUAACAUCUGAAAGGCAACUCUCUCUCUCUCUCUUGUGCUGCUCGAUGUCCGGGUUACCCGGGGCAUUUUUGAAGUGUCCCGGGUUUGGUGGUUGCGAAAAAGGGGAGAUAGUUUUGGGCCGAACUAAGCCAAUUUUGGUUUAUCCAGCAGUGCCUUCUCAAAGAUCACAUUGGGCACCCACAACAACCAUGAAAUGAUAUCAAACAGGAUGUGUUUUGGUUUUCACUUGGAGGCCUGGCGGGCAGUCCGGCGCUUUUCCUCUCCCCACGUGUUUUUCAAUAUUUGUUUCUUUUCGCGCUGUGGGCUGCUUUUCCUUUCCCGCUCUUCAUCCGGGGCGCCUAGCGCGCCCGAACACACGGUUUUUGAAGACACCCGACCGAGGCGGGGAUUCUCUCCUGUCAGAUGCUUCGUACAUGUUAUGUGACUUGGGUCUUUCGAGGCAGAAACGGUGGACACAUCAACCCGAACCACCCCACCGAGCGCGAGACGACGAAUGGACCACCGAGCGCGAGACGACGAUGGCACGGUGAGGAGGGUAGAGAUGGCAUCCAGGGUGAUGCUUUGUUUCUAAAGUGAUCCCCCACAUGGACCAUGGACAUCAUAGACUCAGACCCUGGCAAUGAACCUCAGUAAGAGGUGGUUUUCAGGGUUCAUGUGGUCGUUUGCAGAAGGGUCGUGUUCUUAUAAAACCAGAUGGUCCAGAACCAUGCUGAGGAUGUCCAAGACAUUCCAAGGCCAUCCUGAUUGGAGAUACUUGGGACCCUCCGGAUGCGCCGAAGAAGCAUUGACGAUCCCCCUUUCUGCUUGAAUCUUUCAACCAAUUCAUUGUCGAGACCCUCCUGAACCCCGGAGCCACGGCAAUUAUUGGCUGACUCACUUUUCUAGAUGGAAGUGGAAACCCGGACACCUGUAGAGGAACUGAACCUAGUCUUCCGGGUCCUUGAAACAUGGUGGCUCAGAAUGGGGCUCUCCCUUUCGAUUUGGAGCUCAUCUCGAACUCUCCCGGCCACGCGGAGCCGGGCUCAGAUGACUUGGCCUCGGGGCUUCGCGCCUCGAUCGCCGGCUUCGGCUUCCUCGUGCCGUGGCGGAGCGGGGGCGAUCGACGUGGCUUCCAGAGUGCCCGACUUCUACCAUAGAAAAUGGACGAUGGUCCCACUGAAAGAAGCACUGCACCCAUUUUGAUGUGUACUUUGCAGGUGGUGCAAAGUAUCUUCGAAGUUACAGACCAAAGACCAUGUGUGGAGCGAGGAUCGGGGAGGCUUCUGUUCGUGAAUUCAACAUGCUAUUGACCAUCUGAUAGGGGUUGAGAAAGUUGAGGAUCAUGGUGAUCAUGCUGAAGACCCAUGAAGCAUCGGUCGUAAAAUCGGUUUUUGCUGCAGUUUUCCGUUGUGGAAGAGUAGAGGCAAGGGGGUGUGAUUUGCUUUGGGCUUGGGUCAAGCAGGUUUGGGCAGCGGAUGGCAGCGGUUUGUGUUUUUGUUGGUCAAUCGCAUCCCACCAUGCUAAAACAAACCUUUGCUGGUUCGAUUUGGUCAAGGAGAAAACACCAUGAUAUUGUGGAAUGUGCUGUGGUAGAGUCUUGGGGCAGGUUGGGAGGAGUGUUGGAAAGGGUCUUUGGGCAACUUUCGUAGGGACCGCCGGUGUUUCUUUAUAUCUUAUUGACUGUCCGCUGGGGAAAGGGUCUCGGUUGUGACGCGCUUUUUUGUCUCGAAUGUGACGCGGAGAGCUUUUCUCAGUUGUGACGCGGAGAGCUUUUCUUUUAGAGAAUCUAUGUGCUUCUGGGCCCUUGCUUGGUUCUCGUCGAUUUGAGCACCGUCCCUAGAGUGGUGGCUCGAAAGCGGCCAGCAGUGGCCAAGAAGGCAGCGGUGAAAAGACCAGCUGCUCUGAAAGACUCUGACAAGGCUCCUUUAGAAGUGGUUUUCUCUCAGAGCCAUGAGGGGCCUGCGUCGACAGUUGAGGAAGUUCAGACUGCAGUGCGCGUCAUAAAGCUCCAAUCCAGCUCCACACCAAUUCCACCAAAUGUUGGCAUUUGUUGGGACAAGGCAUUUGAGACUUCCUACGACAUGAUCUUGACCCCAAAGUCCACCACCAUGGAAUCCAUUGGCCAUGAAUAUCGAGACAGGUCCAGGUUUUCUGCCCGAUUGGACCAAUUUCUUCGCACCAAUCCUUUCGUGCUGUCAUCACUUCUUGGUGCGGUUGGAAUCAGCAUCUCCUUGUUUGUGGGGAUGGCGUGGUACCACUUCAUUGUGCAGAAUGCGAUGAAGGAGGAAGAUGACAUUAUAGACGACAUUGAAGCAGAAGACGAGGCAUAUGAAAUGGUGACACUUCCAAAGAAUAAGAUGCCCUCAGCGGAUGCAGAGGGAUCGUCCAGCGAGGAAGAAACCAUCGUUGAUUGAAGAAGCUUUGUGGCGGGUGGCUGCUUCUGGGUGGGCCUCUCAGGCUUCCCGUUUGGCCACGCCCGGUCAUGGGUGGCUUCUUUCACCCGAGGGGUCACGGCACAAGGACCAAGUCCAAAAAGGUGCGAGGGCUGGUCACAUGCUGCAAUUCUAUGUCUGUGAAAGUAAACAAGGACCAGUGAUUGAU